AUGAAGUUUUCUCAAUCCCUCCUCUUCGCUCUCCCAUUCCUCCAGUCAGCCGCCGCUCAGGGCGGUGGUAUGGUCGGCAUUGGAUGGUCCGUCGACAAAGUCCCCGAAGAGGGCCUGAAGGAGAUUUCCUUCCCAAUGGACAUUGCCGGCGCUCCCCAAGUGGGCGGCUUCUACUUUGCCCAGCAAUUCGGCUUCGUCAACCUAAAGGACGUGGGAUACACCGGUCUGCAGCCCCGUGACAAAGUCAACGGCCUCCCCGUCAUCCACGGAGUCUUCUCCAGCUUCAACGCGGGCACCACCUCCGACGACCCCAACUGCAGCGAGGGUGCCGAUGGCGGUCCCGGUGUCAGCUGUGCUGUCGAGAUCGUCAGCCCUUAUGAGCACCAAUACCAGCUCCACAUCAAGAAUACCGAGGGUACUAAGUGGGUCGGGUAUCUCGUUGAUGUUGUCAAGGGAAACAGCACUCAGAUCGGCUCUUACACCCUCCCCGCUGGAUCGAAGGGUCUUCAGAGCUCCCAGAUGGGCUUUGUUGAAUUGUACAAGUGGAACGACAAGAAGGAGGAGCACGUCUGCUCUGAUGUCCCCAAGCAGGAAGUUAUUUUCGGCGCACCUAUCUCCAAGGGUUACUCUGGUGCUGUGAGCGAGCCUUAUGAGUACGGUGACUGUGUCGGUAAGUCUCAGUUCGAGACCCACAGUCACUCUGAUGGUAGCUACUCGGUCACUGUUGGUUGGUAA